AAUGUCUACAAACAAAAGUCAAAAUCCCUAAAAUUUACCCUCCGUCCCUCCCUCCAAUCGACAGCUUCAAAUUCCCAUAUAUAUAUUUUAACAAUUAAUAAAAGGCAGAAUGGAAGCAAUGGUGAAAAAGUAUCAGCAGAAAUUUAGGAGAGUGAGAGAGGACAUGGAUAGAUGGGACGAGCACCAAGCUCGAUUGCUUUCCCAGUUUAGAAAUGCUUCUUCCAUCAUUGGAAGGUUACAGUUGCUUGAAAAUCGUAAAAAAUAUGGUUCCUUGAGAAAUCUUGAUGGUGUUAAAGAUGGUAUCUUGACCAAGCAGAUGGAAUCCCUGCAGACCAUCAUGCUUUCGAUGACUAAAUCUUUGGAGGAACUAAAUAGUGUUGUUUUCUCGCUUGCAAAAGCUCUCCGUGAUGCUAAGCAGCAAGUGAAAGGUGGCUCUAUUCAGUUUUCAAAGAAACAAUUGCAUAACAGAAUUGGCAUAAAACCAAGUCUUGCAGACUGCUUGGAAGGGCUUCGACUUCUUCACGAGAUGUAUCAAGCAGAGUACCAGCUUAAAUCAUCUUUGAUUUCUGCACUUCCUAGCCUUGUCUUGAAGCCAAGUGCCAGCGAUUUACAUGCUUUUGAGCAGCUGUUGGUAGAUCAACCUAAUAUCCCCAAAGAAGAAGUUCAAUCCAUAUAUGAUGUCAUAUUUGCCGAGGAAAUUUGCUGAUGGCAUCAAGAAUCAUUGAGCAUUUAUGAAUAGGUCAGGAAUUGAAAUAGUUAGAUUGUUGAGCUAUUAGCCUAUUAGUAUUAGUUUUUUCGUUACUAUUAUUUUCUUUUUUCAAACCAAGUGUUGGGAUUGACAGUAAUGAAACAUUUUUGUUGACCAAUAUCUUGUUAUUAAAUAUCAUUAAAUUUGGUACAA